CCACAAUCUCUCGUUCUCAUCGUCUCCAUUAAAUUACAAGUAAAAAAUCUUCACCAAACUGUAACACUGAGUUCAUACAACAAUGGGCUCUGGUUCCUCGAAGGUUCCUGACAGCUCCUCCCAUGGAGGCGGAGGCGGCGGCGGUCAACUCUACGUGUCUCUAAAAAUGGAGUGUUUCGACCUCAAGCUCAAACCUGAGCUUAUCCCCCACGUCUUCGGCUCCGUUCCUCUCGUAGGCUCUUGGGACUCCUCUAAAUCCCUUCCAAUGGAGCGCGAGUCGGCUUCCAUGUGGGAAUUGAGCUUCGUUGUGCCGCCCAAUCAUGAGACAUUGGAUUUCAAGUUCUUGUUAAAGCCCAAGUAUAAUAAUGGACCGUGCUUUGUGGAGGAAGGUGUGAACAGAGUUCUAUCUGGAGGAGCAUUGGAGGGGGAUGCACGGUCUGCUUUGUUUGAGUUGAACAAAGUAGAGGUUAUUGAGUACAAAGUUUACAUUAAGGCUGAUAGGGUAUCGCCGUUUGAUCUUGCUGCCAGUUGGAGAGCCUUUCAGGAGAACCGCAAGCCUUCCACUGUUCGAGGCAUACCCGAUGUUAGUAUCAAUUCUAGUGUGGAGAAUGGCAAUGAGAAUGGAUUUUCAUCAAGUCUAGAGCUUGAUCUUGAGCACUAUGUUAUUCCAGCUCCAGCUGCAACCUCUGCCCUGGUUUAUGCUGCAAACCUGACUGAGAGUCCCCGGUCAUUCAAAGGUACCAGGGUACUUUCUUGCACUGAUGAUGGUGCGAACAUUGGUUCACAUUCAUACAAAGAUGAUCCUGUUUUGAAUGAUCAGCCUACAACACUACAGGAGAUGGAAACACUUAUUCGAGACCCGCCUAAAUUGCAUUUAGGUUCUCGAAUGGUUGAGUCAAAAUCUGUAGGACCACUCGUUCCUUCUCACAAGCAAGAUAAUCACAGAAGUCUCCUUGUGGAUAGGGGUGUGGGGGUCUCAAGGCUAGUUAAAUCACCUAGUACAAACACAUACUCUCUUAACCUCAAGCUUGGUUCAGAAACCAAGAAUCCAAUGCCAGCUGCUGCAGGAGCUGUUGCAGCUGGGGCAGUGGCUGAUCAGAUGCUUGGGCCCAAGGAGGAUAGACAUCUAGCAAUAGUCCUGGUUGGUUUGCCAGCUCGUGGAAAAACAUUUACCGCUGCUAAACUUACCAGGUAUCUUCGUUGGUUAGGGCAUCACACCAAGCACUUCAAUGUUGGGAAGUAUCGGCGUCUCAAACAUGGAACCAAUCAGUCAGCUGAUUUCUUCAGAGGUGAUAAUCCUGAAGGCUUGGAGGCACGGAAUGAGGUAGCUGCCCUUGCAAUGGAAGAUAUGAUAGCUUGGAUGCAAGAGGGUGGCCAGGUUGGGGUAUAUGAUGCAACAAACAGCACAAGGAGCAGAAGAAAUAUGCUUAUGAAAAUGGCCGAGGGAAACUGCAAGAUUAUUUUCCUGGAAACAAUCUGCAAUGAUCCAAAAAUAAUUGAAAGAAACAUACGUCUCAAAGUUCAACAAAGCCCAGAUUAUGCUGAAGAAACAGAUUUUGAAGCUGGAUAUAGAGAUUUCAAAAGUCGACUAGAUAAUUAUGAGAAAGUAUACGAGUCUGUGGAAGAAGGAUCUUAUAUAAAAAUGAUUGAUAUGGUGAGUGGCAAUGGAGGGCAAAUACAAGUCAACAAUAUUAGUGGUUACCUUCCAGGGCGAAUUGUCUUUUUCUUGGUAAAUACACAUCUGACACCCCGACCAAUAUUGCUUACAAGACAUGGAGAGAGCCUAGACAACGUAAGAGGCAGGAUUGGGGGUGAUACUGUUAUAAGUGAUAAUGGGAAGCUCUACUCAAAGAAACUUGCAAAUUUUGUUCAAAAGCGACUGAAAAGUGAAAGGGCUGCUUCUAUAUGGACAAGCACAUUGCAGAGAACAGUUUUGACAGCUAGCUCAAUUGUUGGAUUUCCUAAGAUACAAUGGCGUGCCCUUGAUGAGAUAAAUGCUGGUGUAUGUGAUGGAAUGACAUAUGAUGAAAUAAAGAAGAAUAUGCCUGAAGAAUAUGAGUCACGCAAAAAGGACAAACUAAGAUAUAGAUAUCCACGGGGAGAAUCUUAUCUAGAUGUUAUCCAAAGGUUAGAGCCUGUGAUUAUAGAGCUUGAACGACAAAGAGCCCCUGUUGUUGUGAUAUCUCACCAAGCGGUAUUGCGAGCUUUAUAUGCUUAUUUUGCUGAUCGACCACUUAACGAAAUUCCACACAUAGAGGUUCCACUUCACACCAUAAUAGAGAUUCAGAUGGGAGUGACGGGGGUCCAUGAGAAACGGUAUAAACUAAUGUGAUUUAUUCGUUGGUGUGAGACUUUGGUUUCCAACUUUCUUUCUUUUUGUUUUUCGAUUGAUCAAGUGUAACAUAAAUAAAUUAUACAAAGUAGUAUUCGGGUGUAAAAGAACAAAAAUAAUCAAAAGUGAUAUACGUUUACAUAUUGCGCCAUUGCUGUCGCACCCAAUACUCGCACCUUUAGUGGUAAACAUACACUUUUCAAAUGAACUAGACAAACUAGUAGUAGAAAUUAAACUUAC